AUGACAGGCUUACCUUCAUUGGCUGGGGCAUUGAGUACAAUAGUCAGGAAGUCCAUGUUGCAGCUAGGUAUAGGUAGGGUGAAGGUAUCUCAAGCGGCAACAGACCUGAAGCAGUUUUGUCUGCAGAAUGCACAGCAGGAUCCAUUACUGACAGGAAUACAUCCAAAUACCAAUCCCUUCAGACCCUUCAAACCUUGUUUGAUAUUGUAACUGAAAUGGGAUUCUACUUUCUUUUGGUUUUUUGGGUCUUCAAUGGGAAAUUCACCCUUGGUGCAUGUUCUGAAAACAAUGAAGAUGUUUACACUAAUCUUGAUUCUCGGUGGCCUUUAAACCAAUGGACAAGCCAUGUUGGAUCUUUUUAAAAGCCUCUUAAAAUCUGUGCCAACUUUCUUUACUGUCACUUUGUAAAUUGGCUGCUCUUUGAUACUGAUUUACACCUAGCUUGUUGCUUAAUGAGGUGCUGUAGGUACGUUAGUUGCUUGUGCAAAACUUUGGACACAGCUAAUGACAUUUUAAUAAAUAUCUGACGAGUAUUUUUUGGUUAAACCCAUUUUGAAAGGAUACUGUAUAUACUAGUGUACAAGUUUGAACACUUAUUCCAACACACCAAACUCGACUCCCAGUAUAUCAUUGGCCAUAGCAUUGAGUGCAGUGGAUUUUAUGGUGUUAAUUCAUCCAAGACAUUUAUCUGCCAAAACUAAUAGUUGAGAUGUCAUAUAUAAGUUGAAGAAGCAGCUGUAAUUUAGAAACUGUUUCUUGAGAAUCAGAGCAACUUUUGCAGUAUUGUUUGAGAUACCUCGCAGUACUAGUUAUAGCUGUGACUUCAUUAAAAGUGCUUAAAGGCCAUUUGCUGAACAUUGCCUGAAAAGACCUUCCAGAAGGACUUUUGCUACAGUCCAACUAAGCAAUGUGGCUGACAAUAAAUCCUGGCACUCUCAACCUCGCGUGCACAUGGAUUCACAAAAGUAGCUCACCACUAUGUUGGGCAUUAAACACCAGUCUUGACUGUAAUAUGCACGUCCUUUAAAUUAAAUCUUGCAGCAUUAGUGGGGGAAAUGGGUUGUCUGGAAUUCUAUACAGAGCAAGAUAAUUAUUAAACUAGGAAGGAUUAAAUUCGGUACCCAGUGAUGAGUAGAAUUUCCCAUAAUCUUAUAAUUUGGUCUUUUAUGUUCUGUUACUCUCAUCAACUUUUGAAGGAUCUGUCAACCUUGUAGCAGUAAAUGCAUGGAUGAUUAAGGAAACAGCUGUAUUAAUAGGUUGGAGGCUACAUUGACGUGUGUGUGUUGUACAUUGGUAAUGUGAUGUGGCUGCUGUCAGGUUCUAUACAUAGGGAGUUCAGGUAUAUUUCAUGCCCAUUAGAAGUAAAAAAAACGGUUCAAAGACCAGUGAGUGGUUUGCUGGUUCUGGGGAAAGUAACUCAUGUAAGGUAUUACUCUGUCAGCCAAGUAUUGGCCAAAACACACAACUAUUUACAACCUUAAGCCCUGGUAUAUGCAGUACCUGAUCAAUUCAAAAUGGACACAACAUAGUUCGUUAUGUGGUGUUGCAGCAUCGGCUUUUCCUUUUGAUCAAAAUAAACUUAAAAAUGUGCAGAUUAGGAGUCACUGGCAAGCUAAUUAUUCUGCAGUUUUCACUGUGAACUAGCAAGGUGGCAAAGGGAGUGAAGCACCUAACUGCAAAAGAUCAGUUUCGUGGACCACGUUGCGUUUGAAACAUUUAAUUCUCAGUCAUUUGCUGAGCUGAAUCGCGGGGUUGUCUUUUUGUGCGGUUCUCACUGUAAAGAAACGUCAGUCUUUCUCUUUUUGUAAGCACCAAGCACUCCAUAUCAGAAAUAAAGGUUCUUCCUAUUCUGCC